AUGGAGCUCAAGCGCUUCAUGGAGUUCUCGGGACGCACCGAGGAGCUCAACGACCCCAACUUCACUGAGACGAACUUGCUGGAUGUGACCCCUGAGGACAUCCGGCGCUAUUUCAACCUUAAAGCCUUUGGAACUACUGCGCCAACGUCUGCUUCCCUUCCAACACAUGCACGAGCAAACACCCUUAAAUCUAUGAAAAAGAUGCUCAGCGCGUUCAUGCCACGCCGCAUGAUUCCAUGGGACGAAAUCCGGCGAGAGGGCAACCCAACGCGAUCUGUGGUUGUAAAUGACGUCAUCAAGUUGGUGAUGAAAUGUGAGGUGCAACGUCAGGGCGUCGAGUCAAAAGCCCGCAGGCCCAUUGAGUUCACCGAGUUCAUGAAUGCAUUAAAAGUCAUACGACUAUGCUCCGAAUUUUCGGAAUUGGAUCGAUACCGGCUUGGGAGCGUUAUCACGUUGCAAUGGCACCUGGUUGCACGAGUCGACGACAUGAUGAAACUCUGUUUGCGUGAGUUUUCAUUCAACCCAAGUCACCAGCUUACCCUACUGUGUCAGAUGCGGUGGUCAAAAAAAAUUUCCGAGGACCGCGAAGCCCCUCAUCAAAUUGUCCUUGCAUCCAUGGACGAUCGUUUAUGCCCUUUGUUGAACCUGGCUGUGUACAUGGAUACGUUGGUGGACCCAUUG